AUCGAAUAACAAAACCUCUUUCCAGAAUCUUCUUUCUUUCUCCCCAAUCCAGUCUAGUCUAGCACUUUCCUUUCCUACCUCCCUUGUAUAAAAAGCUAGCCUCUCUUUAAUUUUUCUUCGACAGAAUUUACCGUCUCUCGAUCAGUGCUUCAUUUCCUAUUUCUCCGAGCAAUGGCGUCUUCUCUUGCUAUCAAAAGGCUUGUUUCUUCUAAACUUGUCCCUGCCUCUGUUCGCUAUAUGCGACCAACAGCAUCUGCUUCUCGACUCUUUAACACCAACGCGGUCCGCCAAUUUGACGACGAUCAAGACGAACGUGGUAUUGAAGUUGAUCGCCGCUCUGGUCGCAACCUCUCCCGCCGUCGUGAUGAUCUCUUCUCAGACGUGGUUGAUCCAUUCUGGCCAAGUCGCAGCCUGAGCCAGGUGCUGAACAUGAUGGACCAAUUCAUGGACAAUCCUUUCCUCUCUACCUCCCGUGGUAUUGGAGCUGGACUGCGAAGAGGCUGGGACGUUCGUGAGACCGAAGACGCUCUUAAUUUACGCGUUGACAUGCCUGGGCUCGACAAGGAGGAUGUGAAGAUAUCUGUGGAGCAGAACACUCUUGUUAUCAAAGGCGAGGGAGGGAAGGAAUCGGAUGACGAAGAGAGCGGCAGGAGGUAUACCAGCAGGAUUGAUUUGCCAGAGAAAUUCUACAGGACUGAUCAGAUCAAGGCUGAGAUGAAAAAUGGUGUGCUGAAGGUGGUGGUGCCUAAGGUAAAGGAGGAGGAGAGGGCUGACGUAUUCCAUGUCAAGGUCGAGUAGGAACUGGACGAGAUUUCUAGAAUCUGUAUGGGCUUUCAGUUGUGUGCAGACUACCGACUUGUUUUGAGAAUAAUUAGCAGUACUGAUGUUAUCCUGUUAAGUCUAAUGUGACCGGGUACAAAAUUUUCUGUUGAUUUUAGUGUAAUGAAAUUAAGCACCUUGCAGCAAGUUACGAAAA